AUGGACGAUACGUGCGUUACGUGUGCUGAGGUAUUAAACUGGGUGGCCUACGGUGCGUGUCGCCACAAGGAUGUUUACUGCACCUGCGUGGCUCGCUCUCGAUUCAUAUCCCACGAUCGCUGCUGCUCUAUUUGCAAGACCCCAUCCAACGUCGUGUUUGUCACCAAGGAUUUGGGAGAAUAUACGAAAAGGAUAGGGGAUUUUUCUGUACUUCCACCGGAUGUGGAAGAGGGUAGAGUGGGAAACUACUGGUACCAUGAAGGCACGCAAUCAUUCUUUGAUGAUUCGGAUCACUACAAGAUGAUAAAGGCCAUGUGCGAGCUUUCUUGUAGCGUAUGUGACGGAAUUGAUAAAUUUAGGAGAAAGGAAAAGUUUAAGGAUAUUGAGGAACUCAAGGGUCACUUGUUCCAUAAGCACAAGUUGUUCAUCAUUCAGUUUUAUGGGGAAAGUGAGCUUUAUACACAUAUGUCCACUGAACAUCAUACUUGUCGUAUGUGUCUAAGGCAAGAUGCAGGACAAUAUGAAUACUACAAAAAUUUCAGAGACUUCGAGAACCACUUCCAUACAUAUCAUUUCUUAUGCGAGGAUGAGGAGUGCCUUGCAAAAAAGUUCGUUGUCUUUCUAUCUGAACAUGAAUUGAAGGUCAACUAUCCAACUGACGAGAAUAUGCAUACUCAAAGAUCAUAUGUCUAG